AUGGCACAAACUGGACUUAUGAUUUUUCUACUCAUAAGCUUACUACUGCUGGAUCAGACCGUCAGCCAGGCUUCCAAAUUCAAAGCCAAGAAGCACAGCAAACGUAGAGUGAAAGAAAAAGAUGACCUGAAGACCCAGAUUGACAAACUGUGGCGAGAAGUAAAUGCUCUGAAGGAAAUACAAGCACUCCAGACAGUGUGUCUUCGUGGGACCAAGGCCCACAAGAAGUGCUAUCUCAUGUCAGAAGGCACCAAACAUUUCCAUGAAGCCAAUGAAGACUGCAUAGCCAAGGGGGGGACACUGGCUAUUCCGAGGAAUAACGAGGAGACAAACAUCCUUCGGGAUUAUGGCAAGAAAAGUGUGCCCGCUGUGUCCGAGUUCUGGCUGGGUGUCACUGACAUGGUCAAUGAAGGCAGGUUUGUUGAUGUCAAUGGCAUGGCUCUGCAGUACUUCAACUGGGACCGUGCCCAGCCCAACGGGGGCAAACGUGAAAACUGUGUCUUUUUGUCUCAGUCAUCCCAGGGCAAGUGGGUGGAUGAAGUCUGCCGCACUGCCAAGAGAUACGUUUGUGAAUUCCUGAUCCCGUAAUUACAUACACAAAAGAUCAUGGCCAGGUUUCGGGUUAUCAACACACACUUUUGCUUAAAAACACCUCCCACUUAGAGAGUGGCGAGUUAAAACUAUCCCUCUCCUGCCUUGAACUCACUCUUUCCUGAAACACAAGUUUUCUCUUUUAAUUUAUUUUCUAUUCAUAUGCUAAAAAUGUUUAGUGAGUGCUCUCAUUAUGUACAGGAAUACAUAUUAUGUUUCGGCCUACAUUGUAUCAUAUUUUGGCAUAUUACUUCAGCCUACCCUUUGGGUUGCUGGAUUUCACCUCCUAUUUCUGUACUUUGAUUAGAAAAUACUGCUGCAUGGUAACCUUUUCCAAUAUGAGCAGUAAGGAUCCUCUCAGUUCUAAAGCUUAAGAGAGACUUUGGGAUUAUGUGAGCUCCUGUGAAAAACAACCAUCAUGCUUUACAGAGUCUAAUUGGAUUAAUUCGUGGCCAAGAGUUUUACCUAUGGGUUAAGAAUGCUGAAUGAAAGAGAAAAAUCUGAUGGUAAUUAUUUAACUACAUGCAGUUCACAGUGACACAUUGCUAGAAAAAAGGGAGACUAGCUGUUUCAAAACAUCAGUUAGUCUAGACAUGUUUGCCUCUAAAUGUCUCAAUUAUGGUUAAAUAUUAGAUGUCAUUUGGAACAUUCCCAUAGAAGAAGCCAGUCUGGGACUGGAUCACACUGCUGUGUAAAGCUGUGCUAAGCCAUGUCUUCUGCAGGCUCAGACAGCUCUGCUAUUCACAGAGAGCUCCUGAAAGCUCCGGAAGGGAGACAGGAGCUCCUUCCUGGCACAGCAUUCCCACUCACCCACCUCUUCCCAUGGGAAGGGCAUCACGCCCCAGGGGCACUCUCCUGAGUGUUGCACAUGCAAAUGUUCCAAUUUAACACCUAACAUUUGAAAGUGAAGCAAAAUGUGCUGGCUGAUUUUGGCUGUUCUGAACUUCACAAUAGAGAUUUGUCUUCAUGUCAUAAAUAGCAGUUUCUCUCAUUUUGUUUAAAUAUUUAAAUAUAUUGCAGCUUGGAGGAUAAUUCCUAUUCCUUAUCUAUUAAAUGUGCAAGGUUUUCUUAAAUUAUGCAAUAAAUUUGCAAUUACCAGUAUUUAACUGUUGUAGUAUUUUUGACAGCUUAUGUAUGUGAAGGCCAUUCCUUCCUAGGAGUUUUCUUGAGGAUUCAAAAAGGGCACUUUUUUCCUACUAUUGUACUUACAGGCCACAGGAUAAAAUCUGGAUCCCUGCUGAGUAAUACAGCCCAAAAGCUGUAUAAGAUCUAACUACUCAAGGCAUCUGCAAUGUGUUUUAUUUAAAUUAAUUUUCCAACACUUAAUGUAUUUGUAAAAUAACCUGAUUCUGAAUUCUCUUUUACUCCUGAGUUGUAAUAGAACAGCAAAAAGGGCCCAGAUAUAUAAAAUUUUCUUUCAAAAUCUACCAGCAUUUGCCAAGGUUGGGGUAAAAAUUUUGUUACCUAUAUUUGUACAUGAUUUAAAGUCUGUAUGGCUUCUUAACCCCUGAAAUAAACCAGUAUAUCUCAGCAUAUCCCUACAGCUACAGUCAAACUGAAA